CAGGGACAGGAAGGAAGGAGGGGUGGGGGCUGUAGAGUGCAGCAGGGCCCUGCCCCUCUGUGACCUGAAUGGGGAGGAAAAGGAAUGGGGCCCAGGCCAUUUCUCUAUUCCUGCCCAACCUCUGAUUGGCCCCCUGGAGUGCACAGUGAGUGCGCAGCUGGGAGAACUCAAGAUAUCGAUAUUUUAUUAUUGCUAAUAAAUAAUGUGGACGACCCCCCGGAGCCCGUGUACGAGAACGUCGAGAGGCAGCCCCUGCCCACGUCACCCGGCACCGCCUCGGUCCCCCGCCCCCCCGCAUGGGAGACGCACAGGGACGCGGGCAGCGGGCGCCCCUACUACUACAACCCAGACACGGGCGUGACCACCUGGGAGUCGCCCUUCGAGGCCUCUGAGGGCGCCGCCAGCCCAGCCACCUCUCCGGCCUCGGUGGGCAGCCGCGAGAGCCUCGAGACAGACUGGGGCCAGUAUUGGGAUGAGGAGAGCCGCAGGGUGUUCUUCUACAACCCGCUGACGGGCGAGGCCGUCUGGGAGGACGAGCCGGAGGACGAGCUGGAGGACGAGCCCGAGGACGAGCCCGAGGACGCGCUGGAGGACAUGCAGCCAGGCCUGAGCCCACUGGACCCCGGGGACCGCAGGCCCCCUACCCCUGAAACGGACUACCCCGAGUCGCUGACCAGUUACCCCGAGGAGGACUACUCCCCCGUGGGCUCUUUGAGUGAGCCUCGGCCCACCUCUCCGUUGGCCGCGCCCCCGGGCUGGUCUUGCCAUGUGAGCCCCGAGGGCCAGACACUCUACACCAACCACUACACCCAAGAGCAGUGGGUGCGGUUGGAGGACCAACAUGGGAAGCCCUACUUCUACAACCCAGAAGACACCUCAGUUCAGUGGGAGCUGCCCCAGGUUCCUGUCCCUGCCCCUCGAAGCAUCUGCAGAUCCAACCAGGACAGUGAGACCCCAGCCCAGGCCAGCCCCCCUGAGGAGAAGAUCAAGACUCUGGACAAGGCCGGUGUGCUUCAUCGCACCAAGACGGUGGACAAGGGGAAGCGGCUCCGGAAGAAGCACUGGAGUGCCUCCUGGACGGUGCUGGAGGGUGGCGUCCUGACAUUCUUCAAGGACUCGAAGGCCUCAGCUGCAGGCGGCCUGAGGCAGCCUCCCAAGCUCUCUACCCCUGAGUACACAGUGGAGUUGAGGGGGCCCUCUCUCUCCUGGGCCCCCAAAGAGAAAUCUAGCAGGAAGAAUGUGCUGGAGGAGGGGAAAUUGAUGUCAGUGAUGUGGGAAAUCAUCUAGGAAACACAGGAAUAGAGGUCACAAGAAAGUAAUGGUUGACGCUGCUGAAAAAUCUACCAAUAAAUGUUGACAGGAAAGUUGAUCUGAAACAGGUAAUGGAUGCAGUGAAAUCUUUCACAGGUGAAAAGGUUGAUAUCAAUAACUUGGAAAAUUUACUGAGAAAUAUGGGGAUCGAACUUGCUGAUACAGAAUAUACAAAGCUGGUGAAAGCCCGGCCACUUAGUGAUGGUGGAAACGUGUAUCAAAAUAGACUAUUACAGGCUAUGAAGUCUUUAAAAAAAGGGGAAAAGUUGGUAUAAAAAAACUUGAUACCUCUUCUGGAAAAGAUGGAUAUCAAGCUCACUGAAAAAGAACUUGCACAGCUGAGAGAAAAUCUACAUGUUGAUGGCACUGCUGCUAGAAGAAACACAGUCUGCCAGGAUUCAAGGGCUGGUUGCUCUAAGCCAUGCUCCCCUUCCCAGGGAGGUCAAAUCCAGUGGUCAAGUUCCACAGAUUCUUCUGCAAUACCUAUGAGACAAGACCCAGAUGGGCCUUGCAGGAAGCAAUCUAUAACUCUGAAGGAGCUGGAUGUUCCCCUCGGGCUCUUUUUCCCACCAGAGAAACUGUAGCUCUGGGAAGCCCUCUCGGUGCAGCACUGGACCAGCCCAGGAGAGGGGCAGUACUGUCAGAGUACAGCCAAUUCUCUCACCCUUCGAAGGCAGUCCUUCUCAGCCUCUGUAGUUUAGGGAGAUGCUUCAGCCUCACCACCGUAUUCUGGGAUUUUCCCAAUCAUGUCUUGUCUAUGGAUACUUGGAAGAUGGUCUUUUUGUGAGGGGGACUGAAGUCGGGAAUGACCUAUGUCACCAUCUUGAUGACAUCACUCUCUUAUUUCAGUAUAAGCUUUUGUUAGAAGCAAUUAUGAUGUAACAUUAAAUAAAGUUAAAAUAAAAUGCAAAUUGGUCUAUAUCAUCUCUGAACUUAUAACCCCUCACUGAUUCUGUAUAAUCUAGUAGAUAAGAGCUAAGCUUUUUAAAUUAGCUUACAAAUCCCUCAAUUAUCUGAGCUCAACCUGCUGCCUCUCUUAUAUGAACUUUUCUCUCCCAAAUCUGUACUUUAUUCUUCUGCCAUGCUCAACUGACUGUGGUUCUCCAUACAUUGUGUAUGUAUGUAUAUAUAUGUUGUAUAUAUUAUAUAUGUUGUACCUAGGUUUUGAGGUGUUGUGGUUUUUUGUUUUUGUGUGUGUGUGUUUUUUUUUUUUUUUUACAUUUCUCAGCCUCUCUUCCAUGUAGAAGGCUCUUUUUAUGCAUGCCCCUUUCUUUUAGUUAAAGUUUGAUAUUUUAACUUGAUCAGGCACUACAUACUCUAGGAUACAAUCAUUUAACAGCCUAAUUUGCAUUAAUGGUUCCUAUAUGAUCUGUGGCACUCACAGCUCAUGACAAUACCUGAAGGGUUACGAGAUAGCUGACCAAUAACAAUGAUCCAGAAACACUGGAAAAAUUGCCUUUUCCUUUGUGCAACUCCAAUAUCUAAGACAUCUUUUUACAAAUAUAUAGAUCAGCUUAAAUCCUUGAAAUUCAGGAUUUAAUGAUUUAAUGAAAGUGUGGGUAAAAUUAUGAUAUUAAUGGAACUUAUCUGGAAUUUUUCAUCAACAUGCAUCCUUUGUAUAUGUUUUUGGAGCUCAUGACAUUGA